CAUGGUGGCCGUGGCGAGCUCCUGCGGCCGCUGCUCCGCCUCUGCGCCCUCUCCUUCCUCCUGCAGUCAUGCUGGCUGCUGGACUCGGCGCACGGUCUCCUCGAAGGCCUCUACUGCGGCACCGUGUCCUGCUACGAUGUGCUGGGUGUACCCAGGGAGGCCGGCAAGAGCGACAUCGCCCGCGCCUACCGGCAGCUGGCCCGGCGCUACCACCCCGACCGCUACCGGCCGAGCGAGCCCCAGGAGGAGCCCGAGGCCAAGUUCCUGCUGGUCGCCACCGCCUACGAGACACUGAAGGAUGAUGAAGCCAGGAAGGAUUAUGAUUACAUGCUUGAUAACCCUGAUGAAUUCUACAGACACUACUAUCAUUAUUACAAGAGAAGGCUGGCACCUAAAGUGGAUGUCAGGAUAGUUAUAAUAGUCACAGUCUGUGCUAUUUCACUCUUUCAGUACUUCAGCUGGUGGAGCAGUUACACAGAAGCCAUUAAUUAUCUCACCACGGUGCCAAAGUAUAGAAUCCAGGCAGCAGAAAUUGCUAAGCAGCAAGGUCUACUUAAUAAAACUAAAGAGAAAGGAAAAAACAGACGCACUAAAGAAGAAAUCAAAGAGGAGGAGGAGGAAAUCUUAAAAAACAUUAUCAAAAACAACAUUGAUAUUAAAGGAGGUUAUCAAAAGCCAAGGUUAUAUGAUAUACUUCUGUUCCAAAUUGUUUUGGUUCCUUAUCACAUAUGUAGGUACAUCAUCUGGUACUGUAGGUGGAUCUAUCGCUUUCACAUUCUCAGAGAAGAAUAUGGAGAAGAAGAGAAGUUGUACGUUAUCCGAAGAAACAUGAGUAUGUCACAAGGCCAGUUUGAUAGUCUUGAAGAUCAUCAAAAAGAGACGUUUCUUGAGAGGAAACUGUGGUUAAAAGAGAACUUUGAAGUUUAUAAGCUGGAACAAGAGGAAGAACUUAAAAAGAAAGUAGCCUCUGAUCCACGAUGGAAACGAUAUCGUCGGUGGAUGAAAACUGAAGGCCCAGGGAGGUUAACCUUCAUAGACGACUAAAUACCUCCAUCUUGCCUCGCUAUUUAUAGUGUACUUUUCUACAAAAAAGUCUAUUUUGAUAACAGUAUUGAAUAUCUUUAAUCUAAUAGCUCAGGAUUCAGUUUAUGCAAUGGAAUUGCAGUCCUAAUACAACUUGGGCUCUCUCAAAAAAGGGGUUUGUUCUGAAAUAUUAGUGGGAAUGUGCACUGAUAUUUAAUGAAGAGACUCAAUACAUUAUUACUGCUCAGAUUAUAUUUUUAAACUGGUAGGGGAAUGAGCAAUUUUUU